AUGGCUGGGAAAUUGGAGUCGUUCGAGGAUCAAACGAGAGAAGGGCUUCUCUCUCGAAAAGCUUGCUCAGAUUUCGGCUUCAAUGACUCAAGCAUCAUCGUCGAUGAUCGUCGAUCCAAGUUCCGAUGUUUCCGUUUUUGCUCCGACGGGAUCAUCGCCACCUGGAGAGCUCUCUACGACAUCGCCGCUAAAUUGUACGAGAUGGGGCGUUCCGAUCGCCGGAAAGUCUACUUCUCCGUCAAGAUGGGAAUGGCUCUCGCACUCUGCUCCUUCGUUAUCUACCUCAAAGAGCCACUCCGUGAUGCUAGCAAAUACGCCGUCUGGGCCAUCCUUACCGUCGUCGUCGUCUUCGAGUAUAGCAUAGGAGCAACAUUGGUGAAAGGAUUCAAUAGAGCCAUAGGCACACUCUCUGCUGGAGGACUUGCUCUUGGUAUAGCUAGACUCUCUGUCUCAGCUGGAGAUUUCGAGGAAGAAAUUAUUAUUGUCAGUAUUUUCAUUGCAGGAUUUUCUGCAAGUUAUUUGAAACUCUACCCGGCGAUGAAGUCGUAUGAGUAUGCAUUCAGGGUGUUUUUGUUGACAUACUGCAUCGUUCUUGUGUCGGGAAACAACACCAGAGAAUUUUUCAGCACUGCUUACUACAGGUUUUUGCUAAUCCUGGUUGGUGCAAGUAUCUGUUUGGGUGUCAACAUAUUUAUACUUCCCAUUUGGGCUGGAGAAGACCUCCAUAAACUAGUGGUUAAGAAUUUCAAGAGUGUGGCCAUUUCCCUCGAAGGAUGUGUUAAUGGCUACUUGCAAUGUGUUGAAUACGAGAGAGUGCCUUCCAAGAUUCUCACGUACCAAGCUUCGGAUGACCCAUUAUACAGUGGAUACAGGUCCGUAGUCCAAUCUACGAGCCAAGAAGAUUCUCUGCUUGAUUUUGCGGUAUGGGAGCCUCCACAUGGACCUUACAGGACUUUCCAUCAUCCGUGGGCAAACUAUGUCAAACUUAGUGGUGCGGUAAGGCAUUGCGCUUUCAUGGUCAUGGCAAUGCAUGGCUGCAUUCUUUCGGAAAUUCAGGCAGCUCCAGAAAAAAGACAGGCUUUCCGUCACGAACUUCAAAGAGUUGGAAACGAAGGAGCCAAAGUCUUGAGGUUGUUUGGAGAAAAGGUGGAAAAAAUGGAGAAGCUAAGUCCAGGAAACAUUCUUAAAGAAGUUCAACGAGCAGCAGAGGAACUGCAGAUGAAAAUAGACAGUAACUCCUUCCUUCUUGUCAACUCAGAAAGCUGGGCUGCUAUGAAAGAGAAAGCCGAAGCUGAAGAAGCACAACAAAACUAUCACGAAGCUAAAGACGACGAGAGCAAAGUGAUCCAAUCCCUUAGCCAGAUUUGGGACAACAACCAUCAUCAGAAUCCACACACUGUUAAUGAUUCUCAGCUAUGGAUUUCAACAGAGAGCAUGAUGCUUAGGAACCGAGAAAAUUGGCCAAGCGUCUCAUUCAUAGGCGGUUCUAUGAUCAAUGAGAUAGAAUCUAAAGUAUAUGAGAGCGCAAGUUCUUUGUCGCUAGCCACAUUUGCGUCUCUUUUGAUCGAGUUUGUUGCAAGGCUCCAGAAUGUUGUCAACGCAUUUGAGGAGCUAUGCACUAAAGCCGAUUUCAAAGAGCCAGACACAUAA